AUGGCGCCUGGCGAGGGUGUCCCUGCGCUUCACAUGCGGGCGUUCAACAUCCUCAGCCACCAGCCUCGCCGAUCUAUCGCGUACAAAGCUUGCUUUUUCACGGCGUUCAUCCAUCCUCCUAAUUCACGCGGCUCUAGGGCUUAUUUUGGUACUCCAGUCGAGACUCUGAAAUAUGGCAUGGGAACAUAUUACCAUCAUUUCCAGGAACAGCUUACUUCACUCAACCGCAUCAUGUGGAUCCGAAAUAUAGAGCCCCAAAAUCAGCAAAGAGUGUACGCCAGGAAUAGAACCAUGGUGCUUGAUAGCGAUAGAGACCAGCAACCUGGUCUUGAAGUGUUGCAGGCCGAGCGUCAUGACAGCCCUUUGCCACAGGUAUCACCAGACCCAAGCGGAUUGCACCCAGUACACCCUGAAAGCGAGACCAAGACGGCUGGGCUCCGACCCUCGUUGAACUUCAACAGAAAGAAGUGUGGGAAAAGGAAAAGGGGAUACCUGAUAGGAGCAACUUGCCUUCUGGUUGUAGUCGGCGUCACAAUUGGCACUGUUCUUGGUACUCAGACCAAACGCUCUGGAGACAGUGGUGCUACCAUGCCACACAAUGACAGCCAAGAAGUUGCAGCGGCUGAGAUGACUGGCAGCCCGACGAGUGUGGCACCAGGGCUCGCACCUACCGCUAUCUCCCAUGGAUACCCGCAUCUUGAGAUAUUUGCAGUGACGAAGAACACGACGCAUUCUAUAUACAGAAAGCAUCGUAACUCUAACGCUACGGCGCUUACUGACUUUCUUCCGGCCGGCCGAGAUUUGGAGUUGGUUGGCGGUACGAUCGAUGUUAGCAGAAAGCCGUCAAUCGCUGUCAGUCGUAGAAAUCACAAAGAUACUAUCGAAAGCGAAGGUACCAAUAGAACUGAGUUGCAUUUAAGUGGCACAGGAAACAACUACGGAUACCGUAAAUACCACGAUAGCGAUGAGUUGUGGCCGGGGGGCCCGAAUAACUCAAAGGCAUUCACGUCGGGACAAUAUCAAUUUGCCAGUUCGCCUACACAGGUCGUGUACCACCCAAAUGAGGACAUGUUGAAGACCUUUGUUCUGUCGCAAGGCACUAGUGGUCUUUCAGUGUUUUAUUAUCAAUGGCACCAAGAAGACAACAGUUGGUCAAGCGCCAUACCGGUACAAAGUGGCGACAUGCACCAAUGGUCCACUCCGGUAGUUGUUGCUUGGGCUGGAGAUGAUACGCGCUUAGACGUAUUUGUGAUCGCGAGGGCAAACAAUCAUUUGCUGCACGCCUUCAAAGAUUCUGAUACAGACAGGUGGUCGGAGUACGAGGAUCUGAAGGGGUUCGUGACCACUCCGCCAGUUGCCGUAUCGAGAGCUUCGGGAACGCUGGACAUCUUCGCCCGUGGCGGCGAUGGUGGUUUGUGGCAUCUCGCUUUCACAAUUGACGGCCAAUGGGCGAGUUGGAAACGCAUCAGCGCGACAACGAAGAUUCAGGGGCAGCCGGAUGCCAUCAGCGUAUCUAGUCAAAGCAUUGAUGUGUUUGCGUGGGGCGAAGAUGGAAGUAUGUUACAUAGAAGAUAUGACAGCAACGCGCAGCAAUGGAUGCCGACAGAUGGGUUCGAAAUACUGAUAAACGAGACGCUGGCAGGCCCUCGAGGGCAAUGA